CUGCGGCUUUGAAAGGAGGGUAGAAAAACAGAAGGCGAAGCAACGUCCAUGAAAAUGCAAGAUCCAUCUAGCUCCCACAAUGCUCCCAAAAAUUCAACGCCGGCGACGAUGUAUGGAAAUCCUGCUACCUCCUUCAGAGGUCCUCACCACCGGCGAGCUCAUUCCGAGCUCACUUUCCGGAUGCCGGACGACGUGGAUCUAUCCUCCUCCGAUCCCUUCAACGCCUCUGCCGCCAGCCUCGAAGAGAUCGCCUCCGAGGACGACCUCUUCUCCACGUACAUCGAUGUCGACAAGCUCGGCGCCGGGGGGAAUGGUGCGGAUCAGAGCGGUGAGGCGGAGAAGAGUGUGAAGCCUCGGCAUCGGCACAGUAAUUCGGUGGAUGGCUCGUCCUCCAAGGGAGAAGAGGGUGUUUUUGGUGAGAUUAUGGACGCUAAGAAGGCAAUGCCUCCUGAUAAGUUGGCUGAGCUUUGGAAUAUUGAUCCUAAGCGCGCCAAAAGGAUUCUGGCAAACCGGCAAUCUGCUGCUCGCUCAAAAGAGAGGAAGGCCCGCUAUAUAUUAGAACUUGAGCGAAAAGUUCAGACCCUUCAAACAGAAGCCACCACUCUUUCUGCACAACUCACACUGUACCAGAGAGACACAACAGGUCUAAGUACUGAAAACACAGAACUUAAGCUUCGGUUACAAGCUAUGGAGCAACAAGCUCAAUUGCGUGAUGCUCUAAAUACAGCAUUGAAGCAGGAAGUUGAGAGACUAAAAAUUGCCACUGGGGAAAUAAUGAGCCCCUCUGAGUCAUUUGACCUGGGAAUGCAGCACAUGCUAUACACCCCAUCAUCCUUUCUCUCACUUCCUCAACAAAUUGGACCUGCUGGCCAGCCAAACAUGCAGUUGCCACCAUUCCACCAUUCCCAUUCUAACAUGUCAACUCAGUACCUGCAGCCUAUAAAUUCUCAACCGAUCUCAGAAAUUUUGCAGAAUGACCCUCUUGGCCGAUUACAGGGCCUUGACAUCAGUAGCAGAGGCUCACAUCUUGUGAAGUCUGAAGGCCCUUCCAUCUCCGCCUGCGAGAGUAGCAGCACGUUUUAAUUCCAACCAGCCACUGACUUGUUGACUUUUCCAUUGCGCAGAUAUGUCUAUAGACUGACGUCCCAUUGUUAGAGAAGAUACUAUAUUUAUUUUAUUUUUUAUUCAUUUGGUAACUAGUAUCCUACUUUGGAUCAUUUCCUAAUUGUUUAUUCUUGGGGUUGCUUCCCCAAGAAAGGGAAGCUCCCUUAGGCUUUAUUGCAAUGUUCAUGUGUUCCUCGUUACAAUAUGAAAUUUUGUUUCUUGGGGUUCUAGGACCAGUGGGAAUGAAAGGCCAUUUCCACUGGAUGGAGAGACACCCAUCUUUCCAUGAUACUACUCCCUUGCUUUGUAUUUUCUUUCAUUUGCAGUGUAAAACUCUGUGUUCUCUUUGCUGUAUCCAAUUUCAAGGAUGAACUGUCUUCCCCUC